UCAGGACCUUUCCCCUUCGCCAACCCCGGAAGAGCUGCAAAAACCCGGCUCGGCUCCGGCCUUCAGUUUCCAGGGCCAGAACGACCUAACAUGACGUCCGGAAAGUCGACGGUGCCGCGAUCCGUAGCUGUAUCGAACCGGAAGGGGAGGAGUUCAACGGAAGUUGUUCACCGAGCCCGAAAAAGUAACGGACCGCCGGAAGCCGCAGGUGCUAGAGGCCCGAGUCGCUAGCGUUGUGCUUGCGGAGGCGGAGGGAGGAGCGUACAACAUGGCCGGGCUGGAGCUGCUCUCCGAUCAGGGCUACCGGAUAGACGGUCGGCGCGCGGGGGAGCUGCGUAAGAUCCAAGCGCGUAUGGGUGUGUUUGCGCAGGCUGACGGCUCGGCUUACAUCGAGCAGGGCAACACCAAGGCGUUGGCGGUAGUCUACGGGCCUCACGAGAUCCGGGGCUCCCGGUCUCGAGCCUUGCCUGAUCGGGCCCUAGUGAACUGUCAGUAUAGUUCAGCAACCUUCAGCACAGGUGAGCGCAAGCGAAGGCCUCAUGGGGACCGGAAGUCAUGUGAGAUGGGGCUGCAAUUACGCCAGACCUUUGAGGCAGCCAUCCUCACACAGCUCCACCCACGUUCUCAGAUUGACAUCUAUGUGCAGGUGCUGCAGGCAGAUGGUGGAACCUAUGCAGCAUGCGUGAAUGCAGCUACGCUGGCAGUGAUGGAUGCUGGGAUACCCAUGAGGGACUUUGUAUGUGCCUGUUCAGCUGGCUUUGUUGAUGGCACAGCCCUAGCGGACCUCAGCCACGUGGAGGAAGCAGCUGGAGGGCCCCAGCUAGCCCUGGCCCUACUGCCAGCCUCGGGCCAGAUUGCACUGCUUGAGAUGGAUUCGAGGCUACAUGAAGACCACCUGGAACAAGUGCUGGAGGCUGCAGCCCAGGCAGCCCGAGACGUGCACACUCUGCUGGAUCGUGUAGUCCGGCAGCAUGUGCAGGAGGCCUCUAUCUUACUGGGGGACUGAAUGCCAACCACCCCAUCCAGAAUAAAAGCCUGUUCCUCUGCUGAA